UGCAGUCACUAUGCCCGACAUGGAGUGCGCGGAGACCGGCCCGUCCAGGAAGGUCCUGAAGCCUGUGGUAGAGAAACAGCGACGGGAUCGGAUUAACCGCAGUCUGGAUGAGAUGAGGGUUCUGCUUCUGAAGCUGACUGGCAAUCAGAAACUUCGGAAUCCUAAAAUGGAGAAGGCGGAGAUCUUGGAGCUUGCUGUAAUCUAUGUCCGGAACGUGGCACGUAUGAAACCGCAUGAACCACACAGAUGGGUGUCACCUGCCGAAAAGCUUUACAUCUCUGGAUUUAGAGAUUGUUUGGACCGGACUGAAGAUUUCAUCCAUGAUAUUAACCCAACGGCCAAAGCCUGGUUCUUAGACGAGCUUCAGACUCGCCUUCAACAUCGGUUAAGAUUUCCAAACCAGCUGAACCAAUGUAAUAAAGUAGGUCGAAGAGAUGAUGACUUGUCCUCUGAUGGGAAUGUCUCCCCGAACUCUGGUGGGGAUGUUAGCCCCUACUCCCCAUCCAUGAAUAGCUCAAACAAUGGCAAUCCACCAAGUUGGUUAUCUUCAAGCCCACCAACGUCUGGAGGGUUUCAGAAUGACCAGCACCAUAGUAACACCUUUGUCUGGAGACCUUGGCCUUAGGACGGAGGAAGACUAUCCAUUUUUCCCCCAGUUAUCCCAUAUUUAAUGUACAUAUAUUCGAUAUACUACUGACAGUCCCAUAAGUUGCUGUCCUCAUGGUGGACAGAAGAGACCUAUCGGAGGUGUGUGCGUAUAUUGGCUUAUAUACAGUAUCUGUAUGAGUUUGUUCUGUAUGUUGUGCAUAUGUCUUCACGCUCUUUUCUCAAUGUAUAAUUUUGCUGUCGUACAGCACUUGUGUGUAUUCUUGUUGUUGA